UAUAUAGUGUUUUUGUCCACAAUAUCACUUACUAAAUUUGUUGUGUGCCUCUCAUCUAGUUUUUGUUGUGAUGUAAUUCAAAAAGAGAUUAAAAUUGUCUUCUAUUUGUAAACCUUAGGAAAGAAAAAUAAGAAAUAAUGCGUUCUUGGCGAUUGUUUUAUUCAUAUUUACAACAACAUAUUGCUUAUUCUCACUAUAAGUCCUGCAGAGCAACUUGUUCUUCUCUGCUUUGCAGUAAUGGAAAUGAAUAUUCAAUCAAACCUGCACGAAAUAUAUAUUUAUCAAUUCAAAAAAGCUCUGAAAACUCAACAACAUCCAGUAGCUCUGGUGGAGACAAAGAGCCUCCGAACAAUAAAAAUAAUUUGUCCUGUCCCAAAUGUGGAACACCUUGUACACAUGUUGAAACGUUCAUAAGUUCAACUCGAUUUGUGAAAUGUGCUAGAUGCAAUCAUUUUUUUGUAUUGUUAUCGGAACUUGAAUCCAAAAAAAAAAAUAUAGAUGGAGUAAAAACUGAAACAAAAACUCCUCCUUCUCCGAAGUCAAUAAUGGAGUACUUAGACAAGCAUGUAAUUGGACAAGAAUAUGCAAAGAAAGUACUAUCUGUAGCAGUGUACAAUCACUAUAAACGUAUUCAUCAUAAUAAUCCCCAACUAGAUAUUAACACCCAAACAGGAGAGGAAUUAGGUAGAUCAGAUCUUCUUUACGUUACUACACCGGUCGGAGACAAUUUAUCUAGCAAGUCUAAAUCUAAUAACUCUCAGUUUAAUAAUGUGAGGAGUUCGAAUAAUGUAAAAGAAAGUCUCCAAGUUAUUAAACUCGAAAAAAGCAAUAUAUUGAUGUUAGGACCAACAGGUUCUGGCAAAACUCUUAUUGCACAGACUAUUGCUCGAUGCCUUGAUGUUCCCUUUGCAAUUUGUGACUGUACUUCCCUCACUCAAGCCGGAUAUGUAGGCGAAGAUAUAGAAAGUGUGAUAUCGAAGCUAUUACAAGAAGCAAACUAUAACGUUGAAAAGGCGCAAACAGGUAUUGUGUUUUUGGACGAAGUGGAUAAAAUUGGAGCUGUACCGGGCAUUCAUCAACUUCGAGAUGUUGGUGGUGAAGGUGUACAGCAGGGCAUGUUAAAAAUGUUAGAAGGAACUGUCGUCAAUGUUCCCGAAAAAAGUUCUCCAAGGAAAUUGCGAGGGGAUACCGUUCAAAUAGAUACGACAAAUAUUCUUUUUGUUGCAAGUGGAGCAUAUAACGGAUUGGAUCGAUUGAUAUCUAGAAGAAUAAACGAAAAAUAUAUAGGGUUUGGAGCGCCAGCAACAUUCAGUAAAGGAAGACGGUCUGCGCAAUCAACAAUGUCAAAGAACAAUAAUUCACAAAAAACUGGUGAUAAAUGCUUGAAGAAUGUGGAAGCAAAAGACUUGGUAGAGUUUGGGAUGAUACCAGAAUUUGUUGGUCGUUUUCCAGUUAUAGUUCCAUUUCACAGCCUUGAUGAAAAUUUACUUAUCCGUAUACUGACCGAACCCAAAAAUGCCCUUGUACCACAGUAUAAGGCCUUACUCCAAUUGGAUGAUAUUAAGCUUACAUUUACGCUUAAUGCUAUAAAAUAUAUUGCCGCUUUAGCAUUAGAAAAGCAAACUGGAGCUCGUGGACUUCGCUCAAUAAUGGAACAGUUACUACUUGAUCCCAUGUUUAUCGUUCCAUAUUCGGAUAUUAAAGGUGUUCAUAUAACGGAAGAUUACGUUAGAGGAAAAUGUCAUCCAGUGUACAUCAGGGAACAAAAAAAAAGCGAAGAAAAAGAUGAUGAAAGUGUGAGACCGGUUGUACUUGAAGAUGCUAAAGUCCGUAUUACUCAGUAACAAGAAAACACAAGACAACUAAAAUUAUUGUUCUCUUUGUAAAUUGUUGAAAUUAUAUAAUUUGUUAUUUAAUAAAUUAUAAUUUUUGUGUAGACAA